GAGCCGGGAGCCGCGAUGGCCCAGUGGUCCGCACCUCCUCCGCCUCCGCCUCCACCUCUCGCCGCGCCGCCGCCGCCCGGCGCUUCGGUUAAGGGCCCGCCGGCGCGCAAGCUGCUUUUCAUGUGCACCUUGUCCCUGUCCGUCACCUACCUGUGCUACAGCCUCCUGGGCGGCUCGGGCUCCCUGCAAUUCCCCCUGGCGCUGCAGGAGCCGCCGGCCGCCGCCGCCGAGCCCCCGCCAAGCCCGCCGCCACCCUCGCUGCCGCCUCCCCCCGUGCGCCUCGGCGCCCCCUCGCAGCCGCCCGCGCCGCCGCCGCCGGACAGCGCGAGCCGCGGGGAGCCGCCCGAGCCCCCAGAGCAGCCUUCCGCCCCCGGGGCCGACGGCUGGGGGCUGGCGAGCGGCGGCGGGGGCGCCCGGGACGCCUGGCUCCGGACCCCGCUGGCCUCUGGCGAGAUGGUCACGGCGCAGAGCGCGCUGCUGGAGAGGGAAGCGCAGGAGUCCAGCACCACAGACGAGGAGCUCGCAGGCCGGAGGGCGGCCAACGGGAGCAGCGUGAGGGGCGGCGCCGUCAGCACCCCCGACUACGGGGAGAAGAAGCUGCCACAGGCCCUUAUCAUCGGGGUCAAGAAAGGAGGGACCCGCGCGCUGCUGGAGGCGAUCCGAGUGCACCCGGACGUGCGGGCGGUGGGCGUAGAGCCGCACUUCUUCGACAGGAACUAUGAAAAGGGACUGGAAUGGUACAGAAAUGUGAUGCCUAAGACUUUGGAUGGGCAGUUAACCAUGGAGAAGACACCAAGUUACUUUGUGACAAAUGAGGCCCCCAAGCGCAUCCACUCCAUGGCCAAGGACAUCAAACUCAUCGUGGUGGUGAGAAACCCCGUGACCAGGGCCAUCUCCGAUUACACCCAGACACUGUCAAAGAAACCCGAGAUCCCCACCUUCGAGGUGCUGGCCUUCAAAAAUCGGACCCUAGGGCUGAUCGAUGCCUCCUGGAGCGCCAUUCGAAUAGGGAUCUAUGCUCUGCAUCUGGAAAACUGGCUCCAGUAUUUCCCCCUCUCUCAGAUCCUCUUCGUCAGCGGUGAGCGACUCAUAGUGGACCCCGCCGGGGAAAUGGCCAAAGUACAGGAUUUUCUAGGCCUCAAGCGCGUUGUGACUGAGAAGCAUUUCUAUUUCAACAAAACCAAGGGGUUCCCUUGCCUAAAGAAGCCAGAAGACAGCAGCGCCCCCAGGUGCCUAGGCAAGAGCAAAGGUCGGACUCAUCCCCGCAUCGACCCCGAUGUGAUCCACAGACUGCGGAAAUUCUACAAACCCUUCAACAUGAUGUUUUACCAAAUGACUGGUCAAAAUUUCCAGUGGGAACAGGAAGAGGGUGACAAAUGAGGCUAGAGAUGUGGAGGGAAGGCUGGUGAAUAGCUAGGGAGGCUCCUUACCUGAGUCCUGAAUCCCCCAGGGUCUGCAGCCUCAGGCUUGCUGGGGUGCCAAGUAGAUCUCCUCCUUUGUCCAAUCAGGAUUGCUUCCAACGCUGUUGACUUAGGCAAAGGGAUGGAUCCCAUGGCAUACUCAUGAGGGUACCAGGCCUGCCUGGGUAGCAGCAUCUGGUUGACCAGAUGGCCACCAGAAUCCACUGCUAAUUCUUGUCUUCUGCUCGUUAAUCAAGUCUGAAGACAGGACACGUAAAUAGUUGUCAAGGUCAGAGACAGUGGCAUGAAUGUUUGUUUAAAUGACAAAAAAGAAAGGAAGGUCAACUUUUGGCUGGAGUCUCUCACUUUAAUCUGGGAAGCCCGAGUUCUAGCCCCAUAUCUGGCAAAGGCCCCUGCUCUAGCAACCUCUGCUUUGGCAUCUUGCCAGAAUACUAAUUGUGGCCAAUUGCUCCAGGACUCCUAGGGAGCAAGGUCCUCCCUCUUAAAGUGUCUCUAACCUUCUCCUUAAAGGUCUCGUCCCACAACCUUUGACUUACUCCCUCCUCACCUUAUGAAGGCAGAGGCAUGCAUGUUUCUCACCAAAAAACGCUGACACCCCUGGAAGCCUUUCUAGGAGCCCCCGAAGCGGGGUUGAGUCUCUCUCUUUGUGAGUAUCCUGGGCGGUGGAGAAGCUUAGCCUGUGCCUCCUUAGAAUCAGAAUCACAGGGCGGCUCUCAGAGCAGGGGGGUUGCAGCAGAGCUCAGAGCCCUGAGGUUGGGAAAGAUGAAUGCCAUCUCUGGGAGUGAAAAAAAGAAAGCCAGUCAUUUUGGUGGGAGGUCUCCAUCCCUGAAGACCCUCAGCCGCAUGGUUCUGACACAUGCUAUCAGGAUGGGCUCUGUCCCUUAGGGUCCCCAGAGGGGCGAGGACCAGAGAGCUGGCAUGUCUUUUGUCGUGAAUAACCUUUAGCAGCACAACCCACAGGGGAUCGGUCACCAUCCUUCUCUUUGUCCCACCGUCUCCCCUACAUGGUCAUCUCGUGCUUCCUUUGCUUAAUUCAGAGAUGGUACACAUUGGGGCAGUGACAAGAGGGCUGACUCCAUUUAUCAGAUCCAGUGUCUGGGGGUGGGGGAGGGUAAGGGCUGUCUGCGGACGCCCCCAUCAGGGGCUGCUGCAUAAAAUGUCCCUUCCCAUUAGUUUGAUUCCAUUAAAAUGCAACAUUUGACAUAAAGCGCUCUUCACGGAUCUCCAAAACCAGGAACUGUUCUAGCAAAAUUGGAAAUAUGUAUGAGUUGGGGGGGAGUGAGAUCUGUUCGGCUGUUAUUAAACUGUCAUUUCUCCCGCUAACUGAAAACUGUGUUGUUAUAAAGCUUAAUGCAAUCUGA